GAGGUGGGUUUGGAGACCGGCGGUUGGUUGGUAUCGGUUCAGGUCUUGUGUGGGGAAGGCUUCGGGGCUCAGGCCUCCCCAAGGGUCACAGAGCUUGUAAGUGUCCUGUACAGUUGCACCACUAACGAAUUUCUAGGAGCAUUGUCUUACAAAAUGGUAGAGGACGAACUGGCACUGUUAGAUAAAAGCAUAAAUGAAUUUUGGAAUAAAUUUAAAAGCAGUGUCAGUGACACUUCCUGUCAGAUGAUGGCACUAAGAGAUUCCUACAAGGACAUCAAUAAAGCAUUUACAGAAAAGCUGUCUGUGAAAUUAAAGGAAGAAGAACGAAUGGUUCAGAUGUUUCUGGAAUAUCAAAAUGAGAUCUGCAGGCAGAAUAAACUCAUUCAGGAAAAAAAAGAUAAGUUGUUAAAGCUGACUGUUGAAGUAAAAGACAAAAAGCAAGAAUUGGAAGUACUGACUGCAAAUAUCCAGGAUCUUAAGGAAGAAUAUGCCAGGAAGAAAGAAACUAUUUCCACUGCUAAAAAAGCUAGUGAAGAGAGGUUGAAAAGGCUGCAGAAAUCUGUAGACUUGUAUAAAGAGCGACUUGGACUAGAAAUUCGAAAAAUUUAUGGUGAUAAAUUGCAGUUUAUAUUCACUAAUAUUGACCCAAAGCAUCCUGAUAGCCCAUUUAUGUUUUGCCUGCACCUAAAUGAAGCAAGGGACUAUGAAGUGUCAGAUAGUGCUCCUCAACUUGAGUGCCUAGCAGAAUUUCAAGAGAAUGUAAGAAAGACCAAAAACUUUUCGGCUUUUCUUGCCAAUGUUCGGAAAGCUUUUAGUACUAUGGAUUAAAAUUAAUGUAUAAAUAGUAUAUGAGAACUGUUUAUUUUCCUUUCCUAUCAUGUAUCUCUUUUAAAAGAAA